GAAUAUUCUAAGAGCAUGGAAUUCCCAGUUUCAUGAAGUUUUUUUUAUUGUAAUGUUUAAAAAUAAUAAACCGAUACCAUUUGUCACAGAUCGUUUUAUAAGUUACGAUUCAAAGAUUUUAUUGCUACAGCUUUUUUUGAUUACGUCAUCAAUAGUUACGUCAUGGUGAUGGAAGUGACGUCACCACGACUAGGACUCAAUCCUAAUGCAUUACGAGAAUUUAAACUUGUUGUUGUCGGUCCAAGAAAAGUCGGAAAAUCAGCUCUCGUCGUGCGAUUUUUAACCAAGAGAUUUAUCAACGAAUAUCUAGAAAACACAGAUAUGACCUGCAAUGGUGUCGCCGAUUUGGACGGAGAAAAUUUUCGAGUCAAUAUUCAAGAUACUUCAGAAAAGGGAAUGCGAAUUUCCUCUAUCGAGCAUUACAUACGAUGGGCCGAUGCCAUUAUGCUCUGCUUCUCUGUUACGGACGCUGAAAGCUACAAGAAACUUCGAGAAGUUGCCGUAAAAAUGGUAGAUAAACUGAACGACCUCGCCGAAAAAGAACCAAGCCGAGUGCCACCUAUCGUCGUGGUUGGAAACAAAUGCGAUCUCGACUACUUCCGCAAGGUGUCGCGUCAGGACGGCUACGAUCUCGCUGAGCUACUCAAAGUCGAUUACUUCGAAACCUCAGCCAGAGAAGGAUGGUCACGGCUCGUCAGCAGAGCUGAAUCAUUUUCAGAUCCUUGCUCAAGUGACAACGAAACUCUAGGCAUCGUUGCCUCUACCGCUGCCGCAAUAGGUUUGGCAGGAGUCUCGCCAAGCAAAGACUCAAAACCCGCACUGACAGUAGUCCCCAAGGUUAACGUUACGUCUCCACGGGGCGUGGACGAAAACGAACAGUCACUGAAGCGGUGGGCAAGUUAUAACAGCGUCGAGCAGCCGACUCAACGCCACGCUCGGUCGCUCUCAAACGCAGGGUUCAGGUUCGAAUCCGGGAGUCCACCGUCUCAAAUUAGUUCGAAUCCAGUUACCCCUAUUCCCAGCGAAGACGACAGUGACGAUGCAAAGAAAAGCGCGCACCUUAGCGUCCCGGACAAGUUAAAAACACCACGACGCAGCGUCAAUUUAAUUAAUCGCCUCUCUCCUCGGCUGUCGCGGAAAUUCACAAAGCGAGUUACCGAAAAGAAAGCAAACACCAGAGAUUCGAACAACAAUGGCCAAAAAGGCGCCAAACAUUCAGUAAUGAACGGUAUCUCAUGUUCCCUCAUGACAACCGCAAUGCUUAGCGAUACAGUAUGCGGUAACCUUUCAAGUUCAAGUAGCAGCCAAAGUAGUGCCAGCACUGCCAGCAGCACCGAAAGCCUAUCUUCGUGCGGAGAAUCCCGUCUUCAAUUCCGCCCUUCAAAACCUACUGCCCUCACCUCUCAUCUAAACCGGCAUAAGCAACAUUAUCUCUCAGAUAAUUCAUCACUGAACAAUACGCGCAUCCAUAAAACGGAUAAUUCCACCGCGCUCCGCAUAGCCGAGAUAAAAAAAGCGACGUGCACGCAUCACCCUAGCAGUCUGCAAACCCAAGAAUUCGGAGGUUCAGAACCGUUCCUACAGCUCUGUCGAGACGGGAAACAAAUGCGAGGAAGAAUGCGUGCAAGAUCUCCAAGCCAUCUCCUCCGGAGCGGUUUCCGGAGGAUAAAAUCUCUUGCCGCAUCAGAUCAAGGGCAUCACAACACCAAGCAAGCGCCAAAUCAUUCCUUAUCCGUACCUUCCCCAUUAAAGUAAUGACGCUAUUACUUCGUUACAUUUUCAUAUAUUGCUAAGUCGUUCAAUCCUUCAGAAACAGUUCGGAAUAAAAUGAAACGUUUUAAAAA